AUUGAAUCUGUUGUGGUGUGUUUGCGCGUCACGUUUUUAUGUAAGAGCUGAAAGCAGGAAGAAAGCUGGUGAAGCCACCGCCUCCAGUGACAUCAUGUCACGUCAGGCUGUGAAGACGCACAGCCGUCCAGUCGAACAGCUGCGGGUGUCUGCAGAUGGCACAGAGGGAGCUUCCACAGGCAAGCUGAUCAUGGAUUACUCUCAACCUUUCUCGGUCCUUAAUGAAAAGCUGAGACCUAGUUUCACCUUCAGCGAGCAGCUCUACUCCUCCCUGAACAGACUGGAGGACAGGAGGAUGAACUCGUUCCGGGGCAAGUCCACAUCCUCACGAUCGACUAUCCUGAUGGGAGACGAGGAACCAAAGCAGUCCAUGACAGAACCAGAAACCCUGAAGGACCAAGAGGAUUUAGUCUGUAGUGGCCAAGAAGAAGAACUGGAGGAGGAAGAGGAAACUCAAGGGGACUUUAUAUCAUUUGUUGAUCCACGCCUUUUCAGUAAUAUGAAUUUGACAAAUGUGGACGAACAAGUUGAUGAUUCUAGUGCCGCAGAGUCUGAGGCGAAGGAAGAUUCAGAGAAUCUGUCCACAACAGAGACAGAUGGCUCCUCGAAGCCAGAAGGAGGGAAAGAUGUUGAAGGAAGCUCUCUGGAGGGGUGCUACAUCGAUGGGUCCUUACCUGACCUGAUCAAAAGUGGCAGGCCACUGGGCAGACGCAGGACAGUGGGACACGCCAUGGAUACGCUCAAAGAAGUUCGCAGAGAAGUGGAGCUUUCUCGUAAACGGAGUAUCAGGCUGAAGGCUCAAGUGGACAAACUGCAGGAGAAGAGAGAUGGACAUGGUUGGAGCCAGCACAGAGAAGCGGUUACAGAGGAAGUCUUGUCAAUUCUGCGGCUGCUGCACCCACUGGCAGAUCCAGAGUCCAAGGAGCCGGAGCCCAGCGAUAACGAGAACCAGCUGAACGCUGCCCUUGGACAGCUCAAGAAUGUGGCUCGCAAACUGGCAUUCAGUCACACAAAACAGGAGCAUCAUUCUGGAAGUGAUGGAGCUGAUGAAAGAGCUAUUCUGCAGCAGGCGCUGAGGGACAGAGAUGAAGCCAUCGAGAAGAAAAAGGCGAUGGAGGGUGAGGUGUUGCGCAGUAAGACAGAGAUGAUGACGCUGAACAACCACCUUCUGGAGGCUGCACAGAAACGUCUGGAGCUCUCACUGGAGCUGGAGGCCUGGAAGGAGGACUUCCAGCGGCUCCUUCAGCAGCAGCUGCAGACUCAGCAGCAGUUCGAGCAGGCCCAGAAGAAGUCCUCCCGCCUCGGAAUCCUGAGAAGAACCAAUAAACCACCCAUCCAGCGGCCGCCCAACUUCCCUCUCCCUGCGGCCGCCCCACCCACAACCAACCAAAGCCAGAUCUUCAUAACAAAACCUGCAGGUUCUGCGUCUCCGCCUUCCAGCAACAUGCCCACUAAUGGGAAUCGCACUUGGAGAGACAAGCUCAAAAAGGGCAAGAGCAGUCGCUAUGGAGACCAAGAUGCAGCUAACCUGGACUCAAUGUGGAAGAAAGACAAUGGCAAUGAUGGCUUCCAAGUUGUUUCACUUGAUUGAAAUAGUGAUGUUACGACUAAAGUGUGAUCUGCAGUUAUUACAGCAACUUGCUGCCUAUUAUGUACAGA